AUGUCGACUAGAGCAACAACCAUGGAAACUUGCGAGUAUGAACAUAGUGACAGUACCCGCGACGAACUACUAUCAUCAUUAUCCUCGACUUCAAUCAACUCGUUAUUUGACAGUGGGUCACAAUUCUAUUCAAGUUCCACACUUCCUGGAUCAUCAACAAUCACACCAGUUGUAUCAAAUGAGUAUUUGGAAUGUCAACGAAACAAAACUAUAGACAAGUUGUUUCAACCUAAACUAAAAUCAUACAAACACCACGAAUCUCAGCAAAUCCCAGAAGAUAGAGUAAAAGUAGUCGUGCUACUAGUUGGACUACCGGCAAGUGGGAAAUCCACCUUGUGCCAUCAAAUAAAAGAUUUUGUCAACUCCAAAACAAAGUACGGAUGCGGUGUCUACAAUGCUGGAGAUGUCCGGAGGAAAAGGUCAUUGGCCUUUAACGAUGCCAACUUCUUUGACCCCAACAAUAAGUCAGCCCAGCAGGACCGGGACCUUUAUGCCACAAUCACCCUAAAUCACUUGUUAGCAGAUUUCGACAAGAUUGAUAUCGGGUUUCUUGAUGCAACAAAUACAACCGUUGAAAGAAGACACAAAAUGUUGGAGCUAAUAAGUUCUAAAGACAUACCCGUUGUCAUUCUUGAAGUUGAAAGUAUAUUCUCCGAUUUUAAUAUCAUCAGCGGGAAGCUCAACAAUGCCGAUUACAUAAACAAGGAUAACAGGAUGGCCUUUCAAGAUUUUAAAAAUAGGCUACGUCAUUACAAGAGUGUGUAUGAGCCAGUAACUUGGGAAGAGUUGGAUACAUAUGGGGAUCAAGUGACAGCAUACGUGAAAUGUACAAAUGGUGGCGAGAGUUUUGAGUUGACCAAGAAUAAAGAGGUGGAGGAGAGGGAAAUGGAUGAUAAGAAGAACGGGGUUGAGGAAUCUGGGUUUUGGUACUUUAAAGUGUUGCAACAGUUUAUUGAUCAAUAUGACGAGCUGGUUGGAAUCGAGUACAGAAAGAGUGCAAAAGAAUUUCGUAUAGAUUGGUAG